AUGAGCAGCCACGGGCCGGCCCACAGCAGCCUUGAAGCGGCAGAGUGCGGCGAGCAGGAAGUAUCAGGAGGAGAUGAGGACCUGUACUUCGAUCAGGAAGAGGAGGGCGACAGCCAGGAGGAUGAGGACGACGCAGUCGGCGCCUUGGGUGCUUUGGCUGCCGCUGCGGCUCAGCAAAAGCGCUGUCCCUCGCACGCCGCAGUAGACAACGCCGCAGGCAGCCAACUGCGGCACCACGGCGGUGGCGGCCGCGGCCACGGCGGCGGACGCGCGAGGGGCGGGCGGUCGGGUGGGCGCGGCCACGGCCAUGAUCGCCGUUUCAAUCAGGCGGGAGCUCCCAGGCGGCAGCUGGGCUUCUGGCAGCCUUUCAACGACUGGUGGCGCUCUCAGCUGGAGGCAUCAGGCGCUCGCCCCAGAUCCGAAGACAUUCGCAGCUGGCAUGACGCCAACAGCGCGGCCGUGUGGGGCGCCAGCGCGCCAACGCUGGCGGAGACGCGCGUCCACGCCAAAUGUCUGCGGUCAGUGAAGCUCGUGCGGCAGUACUUCCGCAAGUACCGCGCCCGCAAGAGGCGCGAGGAGGACUCUGGCUAUGAGGGCGGCAGCGGCGGGCACGACGACGAGGGCGCGUGGCCGGCGCUCAGCAGCCAGAGCAAGAGGGCCAGGUCAAUCAGGGGCCCCAGGACGGGGGCGGCGCAGCAUGCAGAGGCGGGGCUUCAAGCCACAGCGGCGGCAGCGGCCGCGGCGCAGCCGUUCGCCGGCAUGCCGAACGGGGUCGCGUGCUUCCCUUUCGCCGCGGGUGUGCAUGGCAUUGUGCCGGUGCCCCUCUCACUCCCGAUGGCAGCCAUGGGCGGGGUGCAGCCCGUCAUGCCGCCAGGGCUGGCCCAGAGCCUGCUGCUGCAGAGCGGCUUCCCGGCCCCACUGCAGUUUGCGGGCUGGCAGGCGCAGACGCUUAUGUUGCGGCAGAUGCAGCAACAGCAUGAGGCUAAAUUUGGGCAGCAGCAAGCGUGGGAGGAGCAGCAGGUGGAGGAGCAGCAACAAGAGCAGCAACAAGAGCAGCAGCGGAGGCAGCAGCAGGCGCGGAGGCAGCAGCAGCAGCAGCAGCAGCAGCAGCAGCAGCAGCAGCAGCAGCAGCAGCAGCAGCUGGUGCAGCAGCAGCAGCAGCAGCAGGUGCAGCAGCAGGUGCAGCAGCAGCAGCAGCAGCAUGUGCACCAACAGCAGCGGCGACAGCAGCAACAGCAGCAGGUGCAGCAGCAGCAGCAGCAGCAGCAGCAGCAGGUGCAGCAGCAGCAGCAGCAGCAGCAGCAGCAGCAGCAGAAUGUGGCACAGGGCGUCACAGCACUGGCCGUUGCGGAGCUUCUGCGGCACGGCCCGCCCGCAGCUCCGCAGGAAAAGUCUGCGCACCUCGCCAUGACCGCCUCCAAGCUAGCGCCCAAGCGGCAGCGCUCCAUGUCAAGCAGCAGCGACGGCGUCUGA